CGCACAACAAACCACUGAAAUGCUGCAGAGUUGAUGUGAACCAACUGAGAGAUGAGAAAAUAAAGCAAUCAUACAGCGCUGCUCUAAUGAAACAAAUGAAAGAUAUAGAGCCAACAUGUAGUCUGGAAGAACAUGCCAAAAAAAUAGAACAGGCAAUCAAAAUUACAAUAGAGGCAACUGUACCUGCAAAAAGAACAACAAAAAAAACAUGGAUUUCUGAAGAGACACUAAAACUAGCUGACGAAAAACGCAGACUAAAAUAACUAAAAAACGUUUCCCUAGAAUAUACACAACAAUAUAAAGGCCUAUGUAGGAAAGUUAAGAGAUCAGCAAGACAGGACAAAGAACAUUGGAUACAAGACCAAUGCGAGCAAGCUGAAAAAGGUCUGAAUAUUGGAAAUACAAGAAAAGCAUAUGGCCUCAUAAAAAUGUUAAGAAAAGAAUUUGUACCUCGAUUAAAUGUCAUACGAAAUCAAGAGGGAACAAUGUUACAGACAAAUGAUGACAUCAAACGAAGGUGGACACAGUAUUGCAGCAGUCUGUAUAAAGAUCCUGGAGGCGGAGACGGGAUGGUAAAAGAACUUGAAGACAUUUCACCUCCCGAAAACGAAGAUCCUCAUGAUAUCUUGUACUCAGAGGUACAAGCAGCGAUAAAUUCAUUGAAAAGAAAUAAAAGUCCAGGAUCAGACGGCGUAACAGCGGAAAUGCUACAAGCUGGGGGCGAACCGCUAUCACGACAAAUCCACAAACUCUGUAACAAAGCAUGGAAUGAAGGUACGAUUCCAGAAGAAUGGGGCAAAUCUAUAUUGGUACUGUUAGCUCUUGUUUUGGGGAUUAUGUAG